AUGUUCCCUGGAUAUCUUAAGGUGACCAUUAUUUGGCUGAUAUGGAAUAUCUAUUAUUCAGUUAUUUUUUUCAAUCUGACGUUCCUUCUUUGUCUUUUCCUCAAACCCUUUCCUUCUUUUUCCUUUCCUCAACCCUGUUCCUUCUUUGUCCUUUCCUCAACCAUUUUCCUUCUUUUUCCUUUCCGCAAUCCCGUUCCUUCUUUGUCCUUUCCUCUACCUUGUUCCUUCUUUUUCUUUUCCUCAACCCUGUUCCUUAUUUGUCCUUUCCUCAACCCUGUUCCUUAUUUGUCCUUUCCUCUACCUUGUUCCUUCAUUGUCCUUUCCUCAAUCCCGUCUCUUCUUUUUCCUUUCCUCAACCCUGUUCCUUCUUUGUCCUUUGCUCAACCAUUUUCCUUCUUUUUCCUUUCCUCAACCCCGUUCCUCCUUUGUCCUUUCCUCAACCCUUUUCCUUCUUUUUCCUUUCCUCAACCCUUUUCCUUCCUUGUCCUUUGCUCAACCAUUUUCCUUCUUUUUCCUUUCCUCAACCCCGUUCUUUCUUUGUCUUUUCCUCUACCUUGUUCCCUCUUUGUCCUUUCCUCAACCCCGUUCCUUCUUUAUCCUUUCCUCGACUUUUCCUUCUUUUUCCUUUCCUCAACCCUGUUCCUUAUUUGUCCUUUCCUCAACCCUUUUCCUUCUUUUUCCUUUCCUAAACCCUGUUCCUUCUAUGUCCUUUCCUCUACCUCGUUCUUUAUUUGUCCUUUCCUCAACCCCGUUCCUCCUUUUUCCUUUCCUCAACCCUGUUCCUUCUUAGUCGUUUGCUCAACCCUUUUCCUUCUUUAUCCUUUCCUCAAUCCCGUUCCUUCUUUGUCCUUUCCUCUACCUUGUUCCUUCUUUGUCCUUUCCUCUACCUUGUUCCUUCUUUGUCCUUUCCUCAACCCUGUUCCUUAUUUGUCCUUUCCUCAACCCUGUUCCUCCUUUGUCCUUUCCUCAACUCAGUUCCAUCUUUUUCCUUUCCUCAACCCUGUUCCUUCUUUGUCCUUUCCUCAACCAUUUUCCUUCUUUUUCCUUUCCUCAACCCCGUUCCUUCUUUGUCCUUUUCUCUACCUUGUUCCUUCUUUGUCCUUUCCUCAACCCCGUUCCUUCUUUGUCCUUUCCUCAACCCUGUUCCUUCUUUGUCCUUUCCUCAACCAUUUUCCUUCUUUUUCCUUUCCUCAACCCCGUUCCUUCUUUGUCCUUUCCUCAACCCUGUUCCUUCUUUGUCCUUUUUUUCUUUUUUCCUUUCCUCAACCCCAUUCCUUCUUUGUCCUUUCCUCAACCCAGUUCUUUCUUUUUCCUUUCCUCAACCCCGUUCCUUCUUUGUCCUUUCCUCUACCUAGUUCCUUCUUUGUCCUUUCCUCAACCCUGUUCCUUCUUUUUCCUUUCCUCAAACCCGUUCCUUCUUUGUCCUUUCCUCUACCCUGUUCAUUCUUUGUCCUUUCCUCAACCCUUUUCCUUCUUUUUCCUUUCCUCAACCCUGUUCCUUCUUUGUCCUUUCCUCUACCCUGUUCCUUCUUUGUCCUUUCCUCAACCCUUUUCUUUCUUUUUCCUUUCCUCAACCCCGUUCCUUCUUUGUCCUUUCCUCUACCUUGUUCCUUCUUUGUCCUUUCCUCAACUCUGUUCCUUAUUUGUCUUUUCCUCAACCCUGUUCCUUCUUUGUCCUUUCCUCUACCCUGUUCCUUCUUUGUCCUUUCCUCAACCCUUUUCGUUCUUUUUCCUUUCCUCAACCCUGUUCCUUCUUUGUCCUUUCCUCAACCCUUUUCCUUCUUUAUCCUUUCCUCAACCCUUUUCUUUCUUUUUCCUUUCCUCAACCCUUUCUUUCUUUUUCCUUUCCUCAACCCCGUUCAUCUUUUUCCUUUCCUCAACCCUGUUCCUUCUAUGUCCUUUCCUCUACCCUGUUCCUUCUUUGUUCUUUCCUCAAACCUUUUCCUUCUUUGUCCUUUCCUCUACCCUGUUCCUUCUUUGUUCUUUCCUCAAACCUUUUCCUUCUUUGUCCUUUCCUCUACACUGUUCCUUCUUUGUCCUUUCCUCAACCCUUUUCUUUCUUUUUCCUUUCCUCAACCCCGUUCCUUCUUUGUCCUUUCCUUAACUCUGUUCCUUAUUUGUCCUUUCCUCAACUUUGUUCCUUCUUUGUCCUUUCCUCUACCCUGUUCCUUCUUUGUCCUUUCCUCAACCCUUUUCUUUCUUUUUCCUUUCCUCAACCCUGUACCUUCUUUGUCCUUUCCUCAACCCUUUUCUUUUUUUUUUUCCUUUCCUCAACCCCGUUCCUUCUUUGUCCUUUCCUCAACUCUGUUCCUUAUUUGUCCUUUCCUCAACUUUGUUCCUUCUUUGUCCUUUCCUCAACCCCGUUCCUUAUUUGUCCUUUCCUCAACUCUGUUCCUUAUUGUCCUUUCCUCAACUCUGUUCCUUCUUUGUCCUUUCCUCUACCCUGUUCCUUCUUUGUCCUUUCCUCAACCCUUUUCUUUCUUUUUCCUUUCCUCAACCCUGUACCUUCUUUGUCCUUUCCUCAACCCUUUUCUUUCUUUUUCCUUUCCUCAACCCCGUUCCUUCUUUGUCCUUUCCUCAACUCUGUUCCUUAUUUGUCCUUUCCUCAACUUUGUUCCUUCUUUGUCCUUUCCUCAACCCCGUUCCUUAUUUGUCCUUUCCUCAACUCUGUUCCUUAUUUGUCCUUUCAUCAACUCUGUUCCUUAUUUGUCCUUUCAUCAACUCUGUUCCUUAUUUGUCUUUUCCUCAGCCCUGUUCCUUCUUUGUCCUUUCCUCUACCCUGUUCCUUCUUUGUCCUUUCCUCAACCCUUUUCCUUCUUUUCCUUUCCUCAACCCUGUUCCUUCUUUUGUCCUUUCCUCUACCCUGUUCCUUCUUUGUCCUUUCCUCAACCCUUUUCCUUCUUUUCCUUUCCUCAGCCCUGUUCCUUCUUUGUCCUUUCCUCUACCCUGUUCCUUCUUUGUCCUUUCCUCAACCCUUUUCCUUCUUUUUCCUUUCCUCAACCCUGUUCCUUCUUUGUCCUUUCCUCUACCCUGUUCCUUCUUUGUCCUUUCCUCAACCCUUUUCUUUUUUUCUUUUCCUUUCCUCAACCCUGUUCCUUCUUUGUCCUUUCCUCUACCCUGUUCCUUAUUUGUCCUUUCCUCAACCCUUUUCCUUCUUUUUCCUUUCCUCAACCCUGUUCCUUCUUUGUCCUUUCCUCAACCCUGUUCCUUAUUUGUCCUUUCCUCUACACUGUUCCUUCUUUGUCCUUUCCUCAACCCUUUUCCUUCUUUUUCCUUUCCUCAACCCUGUUCCUUCUUUGUCCUUUCCUCAACCCCGUUCCUUCUUUGUCCUUUCCUCACCUCUGUUUCUUAUUUGUCCUUUCCUCUACCCUUUUCCUUCUUUUUCCUUUCCUCAGCCCUGUUCCUUCUUUGUCCUUUCCUCUACCCUGUUCCUUCUUUGUCCUUUCCUCAACCCUUUUCCUUCUUUUUCCUUUCCUCAACCCUGUUCCUUCUUUGUCCUUUCCUCUACCCUGUUCCUUCUUUGUCCUUUCCUCAACCCUUUUCCUUCUUUUUCCUUUCCUCAACUCUGUUCCUUAUUUGUCUUUUCCUCAGCCCUGUUCCUUCUUUGUCCUUUCCUCUACCCUGUUCCUUCUUUGUCCUUUCCUCAACCCUUUUCCUUCUUUUUCCUUUCCUCAACCCUGUUCCUUCUUUGUCCUUUCCUCUACCCUGUUCCUUCUUUGUCCUUUCCUCAACCCUUUUCCUUCUUUUUCCUUUCCUCAGCCCUGUUCCUUCUUUGUCCUUUCCUCUACCCUGUUCCUUCUUUGUCCUUUCCUCAACCCUUUUCCUUCUUUUCCUUUCCUCAACCCUGUUCCUUCUUUGUCCUUUCCUCUACCCUGUUCCUUCUUUGUCCUUUCCUCAACCCUUUUCCUUCUUUUUUCCUUUCCUCAACCCUGUUUCCUUCUUUGUCCUUUCCUCUACCCUGUUCCUUAUUUGUCCUUUCCUCAACCCUUUUCCUUCUUUUUCUUUUUCCUCAACCCUGUUCCUUCUUUGUCCUUUCCUCAACCCCUGUUCCUUAUUUGUCCUUUCCUCUACACUGUUCCUUCUUUGUCCUUUCCUCAACCCCUUUUCCUUUUUUUCCUUUCCUCAACCCUGUUCCUUCUUUGUCCUUUCCUCAACCCCGUUCCUUCUUUGUCCUUUCCUCACCUCUGUUUCUUAUUUGUCCUUUCCUCUACCCUUUUCCUUCUUUUCCUUUCCUCAGCCCUGUUCCUUCUUUGUCCUUUCCUCUACCCUGUUCCUUCUUUGUCCUUUCCUCAACCCUUUUCCUUCUUUUUCCUUUCCUCAACCCUGUUCCUUCUUUGUCCUUUCCUCUACCCUGUUCCUUCUUUGUCCUUUCCUCAACCCUUUUCCUUCUUUUUCCUUUCCUCUACCCUGUUCCUUCUUUGUCCUUUCCUCAACCCCGUUCCUUCUUUGUCCUUUCCUCACCUCUGUUUCUUAUUUGUCCUUUCCUCAACCCUUUUCCUUCUUUUUCCUUUCCUCAGCCCUGUUCCUUCUUUGUCCUUUCCUCUACCCUGUUCCUUCUUUGUCCUUUCCUUUUCCCCCUUUUCCUUCUUUUCCUUUCCUCAACCCUGUUCCUUCUUUGUCCUUUCCUCUACCCUGUUCCUUCUUUGUCCUUUCCUCAAUCCUUUUCCUUCUUUUUCCUUUCCUCAACCCUGUUCCUUCUUUGUCCUUUCCUCUACCCUGUUCCUUCUUAGUCCUUUCCUCAACCCUUUUCCUUCUUUUUCCUUUCCUCAACCCUGUUCCUUCUUUGUCCUUUCCUCAACCCCGUUCCUUCUUUGUCCUUUCCUCACCUCUGUUUCUUAUUUGUCCUUUCCACAACUCUGUUCCUUCUUUGUCCUUUCCUCAACCCUUUUCCUUCUUUGUCCUUUCCUCAACCCCGUUCCUUCUUUUUCCUUUCCUCAACCCUGUCCCUUCUGUGUCCUUUCCUCAAUCAUGUUCUUUCUUUGUUCUUUUCUCACCCCUCCCCAUUCUCAGUCUUCUCAUUCUCGUUCACUCCCUGUAACCCCAUGCUUUCUAGUGUCACUCUCACCUCAAUACAAGUGUAAAACUUAA